GGGGGACUCAUUAAUUGAUCGUUAAUCUCCGCACGUCCAUCAGAGAAAUUUCGAAUCCUUCCUUCCUUCCUUCCUUGAAUCUCUUCUCCGCCGUGAGCUCAUCGUCCCCGCAUUCUCCGUGAUUAAGGCAUUGGACUGGUGAAAAUGGAGACUGAUCAUGCCGACUCUUUACCACCUAAGAUCUCUGAGAAAGAUGCAGGAGGAGAAACUCCUAGAGAAUCCACUAGCACAGAAGCUUCAACUGCAAAGGUGGAGCCUCGGAGUAAAGCAGAGGAUGAGAUAGUUCCAUGCCCGCCUGGUUCCUCGCCGCCGUCUAUGUUUUCUUCCUCUGCUCUUUCUUCUUGGGCCAAGAGUUUUAACGCUGCAGAUUCUGGGAUUUCGGCUUUCACUAGGUUCACCUCUGAGCUUGGUCUGCAUUUGCCGACGAAAGGGUCUGACGAGGUCGGUGAAUCGCCGAACAUACAAGUUGGUGGUGGUGCUCUUGAGUCGCUCACGAAAGCCGUGGUGGAUUCUUCGCUUGGUGCCGUGAAAGCAAUGCAGGUGAAAGCACGCCACAUUGUCUCUCAGAACAAGAGAAGAUACCAGGAAGGGGAGUUUGAUUUGGACAUGACAUACAUAACUGAGAAUAUAAUCGCAAUGGGGUUCCCAGCUGGUGAUAUAAGCUCUGGUCUUUUCGGAUUUUUCGAGGGACUAUAUCGCAAUCACAUGGAGGAGGUGAUCAAGUUUUUUGAAACUCAUCACAAGGACAAGUAUAAGGUCUACAACCUUUGUUCAGAGAGAUUGUACGAUGCUUCAAGGUUUGAGGGGAAGGUUGCAUCUUUCCCGUUUGAUGACCAUAACUGUCCUCCAAUUCAACUAAUACCAUCGUUUUGUCAAAGUGCAUACACAUGGUUGAAGGACGACAUCCAGAAUGUAGUGGUAGUUCAUUGUAAAGCUGGUAUGGCAAGAACCGGUCUGAUGAUUUGCUGUCUUCUUCUAUAUCUCAAGUUCUUUCCUACAGCAGAGGAAGCUAUUGAUUACUAUAACCAAAAGAGAUGUCUCGACGGGAGAGCUCUGACUCUCCCCAGUCAGAUUCGAUAUGUCAAGUACUACGAACGUGUUCAAAAUCAGUUUGGUGGGAAAGUUCCACCUGAACGAAGAUGUAUGCUCAGAGGAUUUCGCUUAAUCAACUGCCCUUACUGGAUCAGACCAGCCAUUACCAUCUCUAACCACAAUGAUAUACUUUUCUCAACAAAGAAACAUGAGAAGACCAAGGACUUAGUGCCUGAAGAUUUUUGGAUUAAAGCACCGAAGAAAGGAGUUGUUGUCUUUGCAAUACCUGGUGAAGCUGGUCUAACGGAACUAGCAGGCGACUUCAAAAUCCACUUUCAAGACAGUGAUGGAGAUUUCUAUUGUUGGCUUAAUACUACACUGACUGAUACCAGAACAAUGCUGAAAGGUAUCGACUUUGAUGGCUUUGAAAAGAGAAAACUACCUGCUCCGGGGUUCCAUGUCGAGAUAGUAAUGGCAGAAUCCGACAGCUCCACCCAACAACGACCACAAAGCAGCUCCGGUGCUGAUUCAGGCAAAAUCAAGUCCAAACAGAGCAGAGACGAUGAUGUAUUCUCCGACAGUGAUGGGGAAGAGGAAGGAAACUCUAAACACACAGAGUCUAAUUCAACAAUCGAGAAAACCGCAGGCUCGAUGCACCAAACUAGUAGAGAUCACCAGAUCAAUGAGCCACCAAAGACUGAUGACCAUUCUGCAAACAAGAGUUCAUCGUCCUCGGGUCUUUAUAAUAAUAAUCCAGUGCAAGACGACUCAUUGGCAGUUAGUAAUAUCAAAGCCAUUGCUGCAGAUGCAUCGGUCUUCUCCUUUGGAGACGAGGAAGAAGACUAUGAAAGCGACUGAGCUUGAGAAUUCAAGUUUUACCAUAUAAACAGUUUACACACAAGUAAAACAUUUUUUUGUAUGGACUCUGUUUCUAUAUAAAUAAUACUCUAUCCGUUUUAUAAUACUUGAUGUUUUAGAAGAUAUUUGUUGUUUCAAAAUAGAUGAAAUUUUGAUAUAUUUAUAUU